CACUUCCAUUACCAAUGCGACCUUGUAUAAGCUUUGCUUUGGGCAUUUAUUCGGGCGAACUCGCAACAUAAAGUUUUAAGAAAGGGUGAAAUAGUUAACGAUAGCGCAUUCCAAUCAUGGGCUCCCAAGUAACCGGAUUCGAACCCGGCCUAGCGCCGCUCCCACCAAAGGACGUUAUCGUAGGCUUGAGAACGGGAAGGAUAAGGCCUUUCGGGGGCGUCAAAGGUUUGUUUUCGGCCAUUAACAAACAACCUCGACGUGACAAAAUUCAACUGAGCGUUGGUGGCUUUUCUGGUGAUGAGAGGCAAUACAUUCACCACAAGAGUCCCGACAAUGCCAUUCAUCAGUAUGAUCCCCGCCACUAUGAAGACUGGAAACGAGUCUUGCCAGACCGUGAACACAAGUUCAAGGUCGGUGCCUUUGGCGAGAAUAUAUCUUCGGCACAUCUUUCUGAAAACAACCUCUGCGUGGGCGAUAAGUUUCGCCUAGGACCGGAAGCCAUCGUUCAAAUCACAAUGUUUAGGCAACCUUGCUACAAGCUAAAUCACCGUUUUGAGUAUAAGAAAAUGUCCAAUUUGAUCCAGAGUACCGGGUACACUGGCUGGUAUUACCGUGUAAUCCAAGGCGGAGAGGUUCAAGAAGGCGACGAGAUAGAAUUGAUCGAGCGUAUUAACCCCUUUUGGUCACUUUCAAGAAUACAACAUAUUAUGUACACGGAAACAGACAACAUCGAGGCCAUAACCGAAAUUAUUCAGUUAGAAGGACUUAGCAAGGAGUUUCUCACGUUAUUCCAGGAUCGGCUUACUAAAGGAACCGAGAAUAUGAAUGGUCGUCUGCUUGGUAACUUCGCAGUGCCUUGGCAACAAUUCAAGUUAGUUGAGAAGACUCGACUAACACCGAGAGUGCAAAGGUUCGUCUUCGAGUCCGAAGACCAAGAUACUGAGUCGGAAGAUUUACGGUUUGGACGUUUUCCACAUGUGCGCCUCAAGUUCGGACCAGAUUCCAAGUUUACGCGAGCUUAUUCGGUAGUGUCAGGCGAUAUGAAAUCGUUCGAAUUAGGAAUUGCGAAGGAUGACAACUCGAGGGGAGGCUCUCAAUUUCUCCACGAUGACCUCGAUAUUGGCGAUGUCUUGGAAGUGGCUAAGGGGCACAAUGCAAACAUACCUAUUAUUAGCAACGACCAAGACGCCGGUCCAACAAAACACAUAUUUGUGUUGGGGGGCAUUGGUGUCACCGCUUUUAUUAGUGAGAUUAAGACGCUCGAAAAGAAAUCGGCCAACUUUGAGAUACACUACGCUGUCCGUAGUAGGAAGGAAGCCGCAUAUCUGGAUCAUCUACCAAUGAAAAACACUACCGUCUACGCGAAGGAUGAAGGUCGGCGACUAGAUGUUGCUGCCAUCAUCCCACCACCCAAAGACUGUAGAGACGACUGCUUCAAGUCCCUAGUCUACUGCUGCGGUCCACCAUCACUACUCAUCUCAUGCCAAGAUAUCACAACAAAACUAGGAUACCCGCGAUCUCAACUUCACUUUGAAGAGUUCGGCUCCAUCGGAACCGGUACCGGCGAGCCCUUCGAAGCAGAGAUCAAAAACACGGGUCAGAUUCUUAAAGUACCCCGUGAGAAAUCACUACUCGAUAUUCUCAACGAGGCAGGCUUUGGGAUAGAUUCAUCUUGCCUCGCAGGGAAUUGCGGAACCUGUAUGGUGGAUGUUUGUAAGGGAAACGUCAUUCACCGGGGAACAGCUCUUGAAGACGAGCAAAAGGAAAGCAGCAUGUUGUCGUGCGUGAGUCGUGGCAAGGGGCGGAUUGUAAUUAAUUGCUAGACCAAUUGUCUUAGAGAUACGCGAG